AUGUUUGGCAGAACAGCAAUCCUGCCACCAGUUAGCGACAUCAGACCACCAGUGAUGCGAUCACACAACACGGAAACAUGGGUGACAUACCUAAACCAUUACAUUCCGGUAAUCCAAGGCCAAAUUCGAUCCAACAUCCAAAAAGCGCAAGAGAGGCAGAAACGGAAUUACGACAAAAAA